UGAAGACGAAAUUCACAAGCGCACAGCUGCUGAAAAUGAUUUUGUGGUGCUUAAAAAGGACGUGGAUGCUGCCUACAUGAACAAGGUACAGCUGGACUCUAAGGUGUCUGCACUGACUGAUGAGAUCAACUUCUUGAGAGCCCUAUAUGAAGCGGAACUUGCCCAGAUGCAGACCCAGGUCUCAGACACUUCUGUCAUAUUGUCCAUGGACAAUAACAGAGAUCUAAACCUACAGAGUAUCAUACAGGAGGUCAAAGCCCAGUAUGAGGAGAUCGCCAACAGAAGCAGGGCAGAAGCUGAGUCCUUGUACCAAAACAAAUAUGAGGAGAUGCGGGUCUCUGCUGGAAGACACGGUGAUGACCUCAAGAACACCAAGAGUGAAAUCUCAGAGCUAAAUCGUUUGAUUACUAGACUGCGCUCUGAGAUCGACAACGUGAAGAAACAGAUUGCCAAACUGCAGGCUGCAAUUGCUGAUGCUGAACAGCGUGGGGAGCUUGCAGUGAAGGAUGCCAAACAAAAGCUUGCUGAGUUGGAGGCUGCUCUGCAGAAGGCCAAGCAAGACAUGGCUCUUCAACUGAAAGAAUACCAGGAUCUCAUGAAUGUCAAGCUGGCUCUGGAUAUUGAGAUCGCCACCUACAGGAAACUGCUGGAAGGGGAAGAGAAUAGGUUGACUGGAGAAGGUGUUGGGCCAGUAAACAUCUCUGUGGUGAGCUCAAACUAUAGCAGCAGCGGAGCAGGCCAUGGUUAUGGAGUUGGCAGUGGAAGUGGAUUCGCUGUUGGCAGUGGAAGCGGAUUUAAUGGCAGUGGAAGUGGAUUCAGUGUCGGUGGUGGAAGCGGAUUCGGUCUUGGUGGAUACGGCCUUGGUGCUGUUAGUGGUGUCAGUGGUGGACAAGGAAUUGGUGGUGGAAGCUACAGUGUAAACAGUUUAAAACCAGCCAUUGCAUCUGGAAGUGGCAGUAAUUCCAGUGUGAAAGUUGUAACAACAACAUCAUCCUCAACCACCCGGAAGGUUUAAGAUCAUAUAGUACUGAGGGCUGAAGCAUGGUACCCAACCACUGAAUAUUUUGUCAUAGAAAAUUACACAUAGGUUUUAAGAAGUUAAAUUUUUGCUAUCAACAAGCUAUUCUUAUAUUACGUUUUGUAUGGAUUUAAAUAUUGACUAAAAUCAUGUAAACUAAUCCAUAUAAUCCCUUCACCUGAAAGACAAGAACAUGAUGUGUACCUGUUGCUUAGAGUAAAGCAAAGUCCUGCUUCGAUUAUUAUAUAUACCAGUGCUUCCCAAAUACAGUCCUGUUGGUAACCUAACAGUGCAUGUUUUCCAUAUCCCCUUGCUGGAGAACAGGUGUAUUUGUUACUGACUGGUACAUUUUACCAGAUCCACAGGUGAUAUCAUUAUUUCACUUGUGGUUUUGUGCACUGUCAGAGUGCCCUGUAGGCUGAAUUCUAGAAACACUACUGCAAUGUUUCUAAAACUCAACCCUCAUGAAACCCUAACAUUGCAUGUCUUCAAAGUAUCCUAAGGAAUAAUUAGUACUCCCUGUAGAUCUAUUGCGUUAGUCAAUUAAUACCCCUGUGCUCUACCAAAAUAAUCUGGAAAGCAUGCACUGUUACGGUUCCAUGAGGACGGGGAGUUGAGAAAA